AUGCUUCCCCUUUUCUUGUUUAGAGUUCAUUGUGAGUGCCCACAAGAAAAGAAUUUAGAAAUUUCAGGCGAAGAUGAGAUAAUUCCACCAGAGAAAUACAAACGAUGUGGUGAAAUCCAAACAGUUGUGAUCAAAAAUUCAGUAACAAAAAUCUCAAAUUCUGCAUUUGAAGGAUGCUCUGAUCUUUACUCAGUUAAUAUUCCUAAUUCUGUCACCGAAAUCGGGCCAAAUGCGUUUUCAACAUGUAUUUCUCUUUCAAAUAUCAUAAUUCCUGAAUCCAUAAUAAAAAUCGAUUCAUAUGCCUUUUUUGAGUGCUGGGAACUUGCUACUGUUACCCUUAGUAAUACAAUUACCACAAUUGGUGAAAGUGCUUUCAAAGACUGCCGAAAACUCGUUAUUGAAUCACUUCCCGAGUCGGUAACUUCAAUAGGUGAAUCUGCAUUUUCUGAAUGUUAUUUGAUUGAAAAAUUUACAUUUCCGAGUAAAUUGACACGCAUUGAGAAAAAUGUUUUAACAAAUUGUUCAAAGCUUUCAACAAUAACAAUUCCUGAUUCAGUUAAACUAAUCACUGACUACGCAUUUUCUAAUUGUUAUUAUCUUUAUAUAGUUAACUUUGGAAAUGGUCUUGAAACAAUAGGAGAUUAUGCUUUUACUAAAUGCAAUAAUUUGAAAUAUAUCACAAUUCCUAAUACAGUUAAAUCAAUUGGCGGAUAUGCUUUUUCAUAUUGUGAGUCAAUCAAAAGUGUUACUCUUCCUAAUGGAUUGGAAACAAUUUCAAAAUGUUUGUUUAUACAUAGUAAUAUAGAAUCUAUUACUAUUCCUGACUCAGUAACAGUAAUAGAGCAAGAAGCGUUUGAGAGUGCAACUAGUCUUACAACUGUGACAUUAGGUAAAUCAAUUAAAGUAAUUAAUAACUGGGCUUUUUCUUAUUGUUCAAAUUUAACUAGUAUCAUAAUGCCAGAUUCAUUAACAGAAUUAGGUAUCGGCAUAUUUAUGGGUUGUAAAAGCCUUAAGACUGCUGUGCUUACUAAUAAAUUAAAGAAUAUUAGUAAUUCUUUGUUUUAUGAUUGCAACAAUCUUACAGAUUUCGUCAUUCCAGAGCUUGCAACAGUUAUUGGAGUAAGAUCGUUUUGUAAUUGCUAUUCCAUUACUAAUAUAAUAAUACCAGAAUCAGUAACAGUUAUUGAAGAAAGUGCAUUUUCCAUGUGCUCUUCCAUUACUAAAAUAACUAUACCAAAAUCAGUAACAUCAGUUAAAUUGGCUGCAUUUUUCUUGUGCAAAAGUAUUAAAACUCUUGUCAUUCAAACAAAUGCAGAGCCGUUAUUAAGUGGUAUCAAUCAUUUUCAAAUGACUGAAAUUGAUACAAUAGUAUUUGAAGGCUAUUCACCAUCAGUUCUUAAUGAUGUAACUCUUCAAAGACAAGUUAAAUGCAUCAUAUUUAAUGUAUCAUCAUCAAGUUCCAGUCGUUUGUUAUAUUCAACAAACACUCUUCCAAGUUUAAAGGAUUAUUCAAAACUAUCAGUUCUUGUUAUUGAAAAACUGGGAGGAUCAUAUUCUAUUCCAGAAUCAUUUUUAGCUUGUGAAAAUGUCAACAUCUACAUUGCUGAUGAUAUCAGCGAAAUCAACUCUAAUGCGUUCAAGGAUUGCAGUAUCAAAGAAUUCGGCUACUUUGGACUCACAAAUCUUAAUGGUGACUUCUUUAAGAACGCCAAAAAUGUAGAAACUGUCAUCUUGGCAGACGACUACUCGACGGAUAGUAUUGGUGGAGUCACACCUACUCAACAAUCAACGGGCGCUCCAUCUUUCUCCGUCGACAUUUCAUCAGAAGAAGAAAAAGUCAAUAUCACAUAUCAUGAAAGACCUCCUCCACCAGAACCAGAGAAGAAUCCAGAGCCAGAGAAAAAUCCAGAACCAGGAAAUCCUAAUAAAGGCAAUGAAACUACUGAUGGAAAAGGAGAUGGAAAAGAAGAUGGCCAAGGUGGCGGAAAAGGUGAUGGAAAAGGUAAGAACACAGGCAUGAUCGUUGGCAUUGUUAUUGGUGUUAUUGCAGCCAUUGCUAUCAUUGCUGUUAUCAGCUUCUUUAUUAUCAGAAAACGUCAGUCUAAUCAAAACACAGACAAUGAUCAAGGGGAUCAAAUAUAA